CUCUCGCUCGGGAACUGCAAGCCCCAGCGUGCACUGCGAGCCCCAGCGUGCACUGCGAGGCCCAGCGUGCACUGCGAGGACCCGCGGAGCCUGGGAGGAGGAUGCUCGUGGUGCGGCGGUCUGCGGGCCAGUGUCUGGGACCGGACUUCAGACCCGCACUUAUCGCUGGAGCCUCCGGCUUUGCGUUCUCCUCCUCCACACUGAGCGACGUCCGUCUGCCCGCUGCCAUGUUUGAGAAAGAAAAGGAAAGUGCUCUAUCACUAAAAUCCUUGUCUCCCACUGAAGCCAGCCUACAGAUCAACCUUGGGAACCACCGCCUUAAGGAAUCAGCCAAUGUUACACAAGUCCCUCUACAAAAGAGCCCUUCUGCCUAUGAAUGGCUCCCUUCAAGAGCCACGGAGGCUGACCACAUUUCCGAGCGGUCUUAAACGGUUUUUCACUUGCCUCACUUCCAACCUCAAUGGCUCCCGUCUGGAACAGACUGUAAUUAUGACAGUUGGGCAUGGCUGCCCCAUGAAUGACUAAUGAUGAUGCAGGU